GGCCCCGCUCCCCUUCUCUGCCCCGCGUCCUGAGUCUUUCCCCUUCUUUCCCUCAGAGGAUGUCUGCCUUCCAGAUCAACCUCAACCCGCUCAAGGAGCUGCUCGGCUUCAUCAAAGUCCUCGAGUGGUUUGCUUCCAUCUUUGCUUUUGCCACCUGUGGCGGGUAUAAGGGCAAAACAGAUAUGCAAGUGAGUUGUCCUAAAAUUGGUGACAAUAAGACGGUUACAGCUACUUUUGGUUAUCCAUUCAGGUUGAAUCAGGCAUCAUUUCAUAAUUCUGCAAAAGACAAUGUGUGUAAUACGACCUGGAGCAGCCAGUUCCUCAUAGGUGACUACUCUUCUUCUGCACAGUUCUAUGUGACAUUUGCAGUCUUUGUGUUCUUGUACUGCACCGCUGCCCUUCUGCUCUAUGUUGGUUACACAAACCUCUACCGGGAGAGUCGUAAACUUCCCCUGAUUGACUUUAUUGUUACUGUUGUUGCCACUUUUUUGUGGUUGGUGAGUGCCUCUGCCUGGGCUAAAGCUCUUACAGAUAUUAAAAUUGCUACUGGACACAGUAUUAUUAAAAAACUUGAUCCUUGUCAGAGCCUGGGAGUAACAUGUCAGUUUGUCUCUGUGACUAGUAUGGGAUCCCUAAACGUAUCUGUGAUCUUUGGCUUUCUGAAUAUGAUACUUUGGGGAGGAAAUGCUUGGUUUGUGUACAAGGAGACCAGCUUACAUAGUCCAUCAAAUACAUCAGCUUCCCACAGCCAAGGAGGUGCCCCACCCCCUUCUGGAAUGUAACUAAAGGAGAAUACACUGUAUGCCAUGUGUGCUGUACUACACCCUGUUGCCAACACCUUGAGAAGCGUUGUUUCUAAUAAAAAGUAACGGCUUUUUCAGUAAAUUGGUGGGUUUAAAAAUUUGCUGCUUUUCUACAUAAAACGUGCCUUUUCUAGAAAUUUAAGAUGUAAAUGUAUUUUACAUGUAAGUUUGAAAAUUCAGGAGCCUGUUAUGAGAUGAUACUUAUUUUUAAGUGAAUAGUAAUUUCACUAAGUUGCCUUCUAAAGUGUUUACACCUUAAACUUUAACACAAGCCUUCAUUCAGAGAACAGUUAUGUCAUGUCAUAAUAUAGGAAAAAUGUAU